ACUCCUCGCCCAUGUGGCUCUUAAACUACUAUAUCUAAAGCUUUUCAACACCCCACGAGAGCCUCAGCACUCCCCUGCUUUCUUCUAAUCUUUUCUGCAACUCUCUUCACUUGUUUCAUUUCUCUCAAAUUUUAUUCUGAAUUGUUCUUGAGGUAGCUGUUUGUAAAGCGAUGGCGCUCGAGACAUGGUUUUCUAAGGUAAAGAAGAGUAUAUCGAACACUUUUAAUACCACACCGCCGAAUGCAAAGCAUGUGAUCAAGAAAUCGACGAAUGUGGGAGUUCUUGCUAUUGAGAUAGCGAGCCUCAUAUCGAAGAUCAUGCAUCUGUGGCGGUCUCUUUCGGAGAAGAAUAUUGCUCGGCUCAAAAGUGAAUGCAUAUUGCUUGAAGGGGUUCACAAGAUUGUUUCUAAUGACGAGGCUUUUCUUGUGAGCCUGGCUUGCGCGGAGAUGGUUGAAAAUCUGAGAAAUAUAACCAAGUCCUUGGCUCGGCUGAGCAAGAGGUGUGAGGACUCGAGUCUUCAGUCGUUUGAUCGCGUGUUGGAGGAGUUCUCCAACACGGGGCGUGAUCCUUGUAACUGGAUCAUGAGCUGGAAAGAAAUGGAGGCCAAGAUCAAGAAGAUGGACAAGUAUGUAAAGGCCACAGCCACGCUUCACAGAGAGCUGGAGGAGCUUUCGGCAAUGGAAAGUGUUGUUAAGAAGUCGAUGAAGUCGUGCAAGGAACAUGAAGCUUCAAUUAAGCAACUCAAGAUUAUUGAUCAGCAACAGAAAUUGGCUUGGCAGAGACAGGAGGUGAAGCAUAAGAAAGAAAAGUCUUUGUGGAAUCGAAAUUUUGAUACGGUUACAAUUUUACUUGCAAGAUCAGUGUUCACAAUUCUUGCGAGGAUUAAGCUUGCUUUUGGAAUUGGUCAUGCCUAUCCAGUUCCGGCUAGUUCUCUGCCUCGUAGCCUCUCGGCUUCUGCAGCUGUGUAUCCAUCCGAGAACCAUUUUGACAAUUCUGUUAGCAUGGUUUCAGGGCCAUUGAUCAUGAUGAAGAACUCAAAACUACAGCAAGAAUCACAACCACCGUCUCAAGGAUUCUUUGAGUUGAACUCUGAGAUACUAAAACCGCCUACAGGCACACUAGGCGCAGCUGCUCUGGCCCUGCAUUAUUCCAAUUUGAUAAUUGUGAUGGAGAAGAUGAUAAGGUCACCACAGCUGGUUGGAUACGAUGCUAGGGAUGAUCUUUACGCGAUGUUGCCACAAAGUAUUCGAUGGUCUCUUAGAGGCAGGCUAAAAGGAGUAGGAUUUACGGCGACUGAUCCAGUUCUUGCUGGAGAAUGGAGGGAUGCACUUGGGAAGAUAUUAGGGUGGUUGUCACCACUGGCACAUAAUAUGAUAAAAUGGCAAAGUGAAAGGAGCUUUGAGCAGCAGAACAUGACACCUAAAACUAAUGUUCUUUUGUUACAAACACUGUACUUUGCAAACCAAGAGAAGACUGAAGAUGCCAUAACUGAGCUGCUAGUUGGUCUCAAUUACAUAUGGAGAUUUGAAAGGGAAAUGAAUGCCAAGGCCUUGUUUCAGUGCAGUAACUUAAAUGGAUUCUUGAAAUUACAGACUGAUGCUAGUUAAUUACAUGGGCUUCUUUGUCUUCCUGUAUUAGUCCUUGGGAAGCAUUCUUCUUUGGUUAAAUUUGUCUCAAAUGAGUAUAAAUUAAUAUCAUCAUGAUAUAUUUCUUUGUAUUUUUCUUUUUAAAUAGAUCGAGUUCAGAAGGUCAGAUCUGUGAGGUUUUGUUUUGCUUCCUAAUCUGAUCUGUAUGGUGUGAAACAUAAUGUUUAUAUAUAUGACAUUAUUGAAUCAGAUUUUAAUGAGAAAUCUUGAUUCACUUACAUACCA